UGAAACCUCGCCUCUGCUAUAUUAACGAGCAAACCCCGGAAACGUCGCUUAAAGGGACAGAGGAGGAAUUUCAGGCAAAGGUUGAAACAACGAAAACAGCUGCGAGCACAAAAAAGACAGACAGAGAGAGGAAGGGACGUAGUCAGCCAACUAGCGAGCUAUGUGGCAAGACAGAGUCGGAGAACAAGACUGAAACUGUCCCACUGUUUUACCCAUCAGACAUCCAGCUAGGGGUGCUAACGACUUUUAGCUUCGAAGUCGAUUUUCGCCUCAUAACGUUAGCUACCUGGAAUCCGACAACGCAGCAGUCAACACGGCAGAGAGAUAACAAAAAAGGCCAAACUCCCAGUCGACAAGGACGCGUCAGUUCAGCCUGCCAGGCUGUCUUUUUCCUCCCGAGCCCACCUUUUUUUGUUAGGAGGAAGGAAGCACAGAGAGGCAACAAACCAGAGAGUUGAGAAAGAGAGAAGGGACCCUGACCCAGUGGAAAUAGACACACAGAGGAGGCCAGAAAGACAGGGCAACAGAAUAACCCAUCCAGCCACCAGACGAAACACAGGAAGGAAGCAGAGAGGCAGUGUGAGCCAACCAGAUAAACCCCAUCUUUCUAAAAGGGUAUCCGGGGGGGGGGAAUGAUUCUGUCAUGAUGCCACAGCCAUGCCACAUCUCGUACCCAGGUGACCAAGGAGGGCGUGUCUGGCUGUCGGCCAAUCACAGAGGGAGCCUCAGUCGCGUUACUUCGGCUUCUGGUUCAGAGACUUUUUCUCUCAAGAGCCUCCAGUAUAACUGACACUCCGCCACUGGUUGUAGCUAAUGUGCCCACCUCCUUCAUUCCUGCUUCUACUGGAGUCCUCACUGUUUCCUGAUUACACAUCUUGGGAUGUUGGCAUCGUUUUGUAGCAGCUGCCAUGGAGAUAGACGGUUUUUUCUUUAGUAGGUCAUUUUAGACACAACCUCCAGAUGUUGUGCCCGAUGCUGGUUGUCCCCACGUGCAGAAUUGGACAAGGAUGGGCACAGAGGUGCUGUGCGGCUGAGCUUCCCGAUUCAAACUAUUUGACAGCAUCACAGGAGGAGAUAUAGGACUUCCUAUUCCUGUGGAACAUCUUGCUCUGCCUCCUGGCACUUUUGAGGACCUACUUGACCCUGUUGCACAAAACUUAGUCAGGACAUUUAUCCUCCACCACAGUAACCAUGCGGCACAUACAUGUGGAGUUAGCCAAUAAAAAGGCUACAUUGGAUCUUCCAGCACAGGAGGGGGACUUGCCUCCACCUACAGCCCCAACACAGGGCCUAGACCCUGGGACGAGACCAGGGGCACCCAGACACUUUGGACAGGAGGAGUUACGGCUCCAAAAGGUCUACCAGCUCUCCAUUUUCUCCCAGCUGGGCGGCUUUUCUACCUCCACAGAAUCCCACACUGAUACCCAACAGCGAUCUGUCCGGUUGGGUGUGAAAAGAGGUCUAGAGGAACCCCAGUUGACCCAUAAGCGCCCCCACCUGGGGGAUUCCUCAGAUAAGGAGGUGUUGGAGGGAGGUGUGCUAUGUGGCCCAGCCCCAGCUCAAGGUGUUGGCAUGGGGUUAGCAAUGACACCCAGUGGGCCUGGGUCUGUAUAUUCUUGCACACAGAUGGAGCACAGAGACUCUGAGGGGGGCCUGUCACCAAGGUCGCCACCCCUCUCCCCAAGCCACAACCCCUCACGACGCCCUACUCAGCACAAUCAUGACAGGCCCAUUCCUGAUGUGUUUGCUCCACUCUCACCUAAAUCCCCCCCAAUGUGUGACCCACAUGGUCAUCUCUGUGACCAGGGCCAUUCCAUCGGAGGCUCGGCCAGGACUGAGGCACCUAAUGGGGGCCAUGCACCCAUCUACUCACUAGGUAGCCCUGGAAAUGAGAGCUGCAGUAAUGGCUCAUCUGGAGGUCAGCCCAGUCCCUACUUAUAUGAAAUGUCCACAUAUGAGACUCCCAACCCUGCCAGCCCCACCAGCCCUCCAGGACCUUUCUCCCCGCCACACCACACAGAGCUACAGGAACCAGGGGAGGCCACUGAAUGGGAAGUUGGACUUGAAUCCUCCCCACCAGAGCGAAGUGCCACCCAGGCUGCUUCCUCCUCUUCUAAUGGCCUGGCUUCCUGGGAGAAAACUCCCAGUACUAAUGGCCACCGUCUCUCCUCUGGAGGUCACUGGCCAGCCAAAAAGAGGCUGUUGUCCCCAAGUGACACAGGGGAGUCGUGUUCAGAAGACGAAGGACCCUCCACAUCUAAGAGAAGCAGGCUGUCACUGCUGGCUCCAGGACUUGGCCCGGCCUCAUGUCGCAGCACUGAUGCCAAAGCUGCCCCGUACUGGAACCACCUGCUGCCCUCUGCAUGGGACCGGCCUAAGACUGCUAUGGACUGCACAAGAUCAGGGAGGCGGCUGAAAAGUGGGCUGCGGCUGAAAAGUCGGCAGCUGCGCAGCGGCAGACACACGGACACCGGACGCUCAACACGCUCGAGUUGGCCCUCCUCUUCCAUCAGCAGAUCACUACUCGGCAACUUUGAGGAGUCGAUACUGAAGGGACGAUUCUCCCCAUCAGGUCGGAUCGAAGGCUUCACGGCGGAAAUCGGCGCCAGCGGCUCCUAUUGUCCACAGCACGUCACCCUGCCCGUGCAGGUUACGUACUAUGACAUCUCAGAGCACAGUGCUCCCUCACCCUUCCUGGGGGUGAUAUCUCUCGAACCUCUUGGAAAGAAAGGAUACAGCAUACCCAAAGCAGGGACCAUUCAAGUGACCUUAUUUAAUCCCAACAAAACUGUGGUGAAGAUGUUCCUGGUGACCUACAACUUCAGUGACAUGCCCGCCAAUCACAUGACCUUCCUGCGUCACCGUAUCUUCCUGGUGCCAGUUGAGGAGGGCGUUGAAGGGAAGGGCGAGGUGUCUCCAGGGGGUGGGGUGAUAGACAGGAAGAAGAUUCUCUGCUACCUGAUACAUCUCAGAUUCCAGAGCUCCAAAUCUGGGAAGAUCUACUUGCACAAUGAUAUCCGGCUGCUAUUCUCCCGCAAAUCCAUCGAAGUGGACACAGGGAUCCCUUAUGAGCUGAAAUCUUUCACCGAGGUGCCAAGAAACCCUAAAUACUCCCCCCGCGUGUGACCCUAGGUUGAGCCUUUGACCCUCCACAACACCAACGCAGCCCCUCCUGUGCUUCCUAUAGAGGGGGGAGGGAAACAGACAGACUGCUAAAAUGAUGGAAACAAAACUUGACAAGACUUGAUGAGACACGCCACAUACACACAAGACACAGGUGCACACAUUAUACAGUGUUGGUGAUAGCAAAAGCCCUGCUUUUAUUGCCUUUAAUUCUCCAUUAAGAGACUAAACAAUGUGAUGAUAGAAAACCACUCAGUGAAACAAUCUUCCAUUCUCUGAAGAUAUUAGAAAUGUUAGUGUAGUAGCAGUUCAGCACGGAUGCAGUCAAAAGCAGGGCUUUUCCAAAACCUCCGGUCUGUACGAACACUGACACACACACCAAAAGAGACUCACCCACAGCACAUACUCCACACGCCACAGCCGAAACACUUCUGGUGGCAACUCUCUAAGUUCAGUGUUAACGUGCAUGCCUUGUGACUUAAUUAAACACCUGAAUUUUCCUCUA